UGCUGAGUCGUCAGUCUGACCGUCUGUCAGCUGAUGCGUUCAGCGUGGCCUCAGAAAUUAAGGAAAUAGCUUGUGUGGUCCUCUUUUUGUCUUCAUUCAAAGUCUAUCGUCGUGUUUCACCCUGUGUUCCAGGCUUAACUGCAUUGUUUUGGAGUUCUCCUGUCGCCCGUCACGUGCAAAAUUGCGUUGCAGUGACGUUUCAGCCCAACGACCAAUCAGCUGACGGGCUCAGAACUGGCUUGUUUACCGCCUGCUUCCUGUUAUCGCCACAGUGUCUGGGAGCUUUUUGUUCUGCUAACGACUUUGCCGGCAUGUCAGCGGUCGCACAGAAUAUGAUGGCAGAUGGAGUCCUCACUCGGGGUGCCUUUGGAUCGAUGACUGAUGGAAACUUUACUUCCAUGUGCCCCAAUGGGUCAGAGUGGGUCUGGUAUGGGCUCGGAGAAUGUGCCCAGGAUGCCAGGGAUAUGGCCAGCAUCUACCUAGGCCUCCUGUCCAUCCUCUGCUUCAUGGUGUCUUCCCUUCCACAGUACUACAGCUCAUGCAGAACGGGGAACAUGGACAGCGCCCUCUCUAUUUGGUUCCUGCUGCUGUGGUUGGGAGGGGACAGCUGUAAUCUGGUGGGCUCCUUCUUGGCAGAUCAGCUUCCACUUCAGACAUAUACAGCAGUUUACUACGUCAUAGCUGACCUGGUGAUGCUGGCCAUGUACCUUUACUACAAGACAAAGAACAGAAUGGCUGAAAACAGGACGGUUCUGCAUGUUGUGGGUGUAGCCUGCGUCCUGGGCUUCACCACGAGCCUCAUUAACCUCCCUGGGUUAGGGGCCCAACAGGAAAUAAUUCCUUCUGGGUUCAGAAGUCGCAGCUUGCUCUCAACCUCUGACGCUAGCGUUAUCAGAGCUUUUACCCCCAAAGAGAUUAUUGGAUUCUCCAUUGGGUCAGUGUCAUCAGUGCUUUAUCUCUUCUCCAGACUUCCACAGAUGUACACUAAUUACAAGAGGAAGUCGACAGAAGGAGUUUCUUACUUCCUGUUCGCUCUGGUCAUUCUGGGAAACACCAUGUACGGCAUGAGCGUCUUACUGAAAAACCCUGAUGAGGGCCAAGGCGAGAAAAGCUACAUGAUUCAUCACUUGCCCUGGCUUAUCGGCAGCCUCGGCACCCUGGCGUUGGAUCUCCUUAUCUCUGUCCAGUUCUUGAUUUACCGCAAACCUAAGGUGGAGCUGAACGGCACCCACGCUGAGACGACGCCUCUGAUCGGGAGCUAAAGCGGCAAACCAACAGAGCUCGUGUGGGACACGAGCAGACACUCACUUCCAGAGGACCCUCACAAUCACAUAUCCAACUAAAUCAGGACGUUUUAGUUUGAUUUUAUACUUUUAUUUAUUAUGCUCUUUUUUAUGUUUACAAUGCAUGUUUUUAUUGGUCAGCAUAAUGUGACAGAUGACGUCCUUCACUUGGGUUCAGCUGCAGGGGCGUGAUUUACACUGCUCUUAAUCUUUGGGUUAUGAAGGGACAAUUGAGGGUUUCAGGUGUCGGACACGGAUGGAGACUCCGCCUUGAACCCAUCUCGUGAUUUUAGGUCACAACGUCGGUUUGAUGUCAGACCUCUUAUAGAUGUCAGAAACCUGUUGCUGGGGUCGUCCAGACCAUGCAGAGGUUUGUUUAAAAUGGUUCUGGUGUUUUUAAGCUGCCAAAUACUUUAACAGUCAUGACGCUGACCACUGCAUGAAGCCCGAUCUCGUUUUACAGUGUUUUUAAAAUGGACUCCUGUAACUUGACUCUUUUGUUUUUUGGGGCUUCAGAGACGUGUCUGAUUGAGGAAACAAGUGUAAAUUAUAUGUAGUCUAUUUUCAAUUAAGGUGCUGUAAUCUUGAAACUCGUUUUAAUUGUAGUCAUAUGAUUUUAUUUUUAUUUUAAACAUUUUACACUUGACCAGUUUGGUUUGCACUGGUGAUUGAAGUCAUCACUUAACACAGAUCUUCACGACCUUGUUAAAUUCACUCAUUUUUCAUUUUUGUCUUUUGCCUGGUUUGCACAACAAAAAUUGCUUUGUACUUGUUAAACAAAGUUGUGAAUAUGUUCUGUGGGUCAGUGUGCUGUACAGAUUAAACAAAUACAUAACACUUUU